AGUCACAGCCUUCCGUAAGUUCCGUGUGUGUUGCGGAAAAAUCCCUUUUUGGGCGUCCGACCACAUGUGAGGAUAGUGAACAAAAUAUGGUUCUUUAGUGAUUUUCUGUUCGGAAAAACGUAUUUGAGAGUGAUUUGUUGAAGAUAUCGAUAGAUACAACGUGCCCGUAUCGUGUAGUGCCCCAGAAGAGUUGGAAUUGGACGACGGAAGUGAAUUUUUCGAUGUAAAUACGGUCCAUCCAGGGUCAGUCCGGUGUGCCCCCAGAAGUCCGCGCAUAUUUUUCGGCUGUCGUGUGUUACGUCGCGGCCGUUCGUCUCGCACGUUAUUUUCUGAGCGUUCGACCUUCGCUCGGUGCGGUCAGGUCGCGUGUGGUGUGCGUACUCGAUUGAUUGGUUAGAUCGGCAGCAUGCCGUCUUGUUGAUGAGUAUGGCGGCGCGCUCGUGAUCCUGUGUCGGCGCGGAGCGCGCGCCCGGCUUACAUAACGAAGGCAGAGCGGCGGGAUGGCCGCUCGCGUGUCGGCGGAGGCCGCGGGGCCCUCGUACGCGUCAGUGCUGAACUUUAGAGGAGGCGAUAGCAACAAGGAGAACAUAGAGGCGGCCCCGGGAGAGGUCCCGGAGUUGCCUCCGCGGGCCGGCGACGACGAGGAGGAGGAGGGCUUCGUGCCGGUGAUAGCGCACAGGGGCCGGCCGGGCAAGAGUCGCAGGGAGCGCGAGCGCAGGGCUCCGCCGCGGCCGCACAAGGCGCCUUCGCAGCACGCGGAGCCGCAGGCGGCCUCGGAGCAGCAGCAGGCCGCCACGGACGCGCAGCCCAAGAAGUUCGUGGAGGCUCCCAUCCCCAAAGUCAACCCUUGGCAGGUACGCGGUGGGAGCACCGGCGCUCCGCCCCCCGCGGCGCCCGCGCUCGAAGAGAAAAGGUCCCCGCUGCAGCCGCAGCAGCAGGGAAGGGCGCAGCCCCCGCCAGAGCCUGUGGCUGCGCCCGCGCCGAAGCCAGCCGUCGUGAAACCGAAGACGUCCAAAAUUGUACAGAAGGCGUCCGACUUCACCGACAUCGGCGACUGGCCGACGCUAAGCGCGGCGGUGGCCGGCGCCCGUUGCCACUCGACGCCGCCGCCCCAGGAGGCUGAUUCGUCGCAUCACAACGGAAACGCGGACCAGGACCGCAAGCCUCUAGAGGAGCACCACCACCAGCCGCCGCCUAAAACGGAAAAGGUGGAACCAGCUGUCAACCACCAGCCGCACGCCGAGAAACCAUACGACAAACACAAUGACAAGUCCAAGCCCCCGGGUCCGGGUAAGGGCAGCAGUAAAUCCGGCAAGCACAAGUGGGUCCCGCUAGACAUCGACGUGAAGGCAGCGCGCCCCGGCAAGCACGCGCCGCCGCACACAGCAAGACCCGAGCAUGACACGGUAUCCCUCAACGGCGAGGACACGAGGGGGCGUGGCUCUACGCGGGGGAGGGGUGGGGUGGCGCGGGGGCGGGGCGCGCGGCGCGGCCGGCCCACCUCCGCCGCGCCCGUCCCACCGCACCCUCAUCGGCCCGCCUACCACCACGAGUACCACCACGCGGACCUGCAGCAGCCGCCUCGGGCACUGCCUCAGUCUCGCUCCCGGGGGAGGGGUGGGGUGGCGCGGGGGCGGGGCGCGCGGCGCGGCCGGCCCGCCCCCGCCGCGCCCGUCCCACCGCACCCGCACCGGCCCGCCUACCACCACGAGUACCACCACGCGGACCUGCAGCAGCGACUCCCUCGACUGCCUCGGGCACUGCCUCAGCCUCGCUCGGCCAGGGGGCGGGGCGGGGUGGCGCGGGGGCAGGGCGCGCGGCGCGGCCGGCCCGCCUCCGCCGCGCCCGGCCCGCCGCACCCGCACCGGCCCGCCUACCACCACGAGUACCACCACGCGGACCUGCAGCAGGGCGGCGUGGGUGUCGGCGUCGGCGCAGGCCUGGUCGUCCAGUACGGCAUCGGAGCACCCCUGGCGCCGCCGCUCGCCCAGGCGUUCUACUACGGAGCCGCGGCUGCUACAGCCACGCCUUAUGGCAUGGGGCUUGACCACGCCACGUUGAAAGACCUCAUCAAGAAGCAGAUGACCUCAUCAAGAAGCAGAUUCCAGUACGGCAUCGGAGCACCCCUGGCGCCGCCGCUCGCCCAGGCGUUCUACUACGGAGCCGCGGCUGCUACAGCCACGCCUUACGGCAUGGGGCUCGACCACGCCACGCUGAAAGACCUCAUCAAGAAGCAGAUGUGA